AUGAUUAGAAAGUGUUGUGCUCUACAAGGCCUUGGUCGACCAAGUGUAUACCAUGCUGCUAUUGUCAUCUUCCUUGAAUUCUUUGCGUGGGGCCUGUUGACAACUCCCAUGUUAACUGUUGUACAUGAAACAUUUCCUGAACACACAUUCCUCAUGAAUGGUCUCAUUCAAGGUGUAAAGGGCCUGUUAUCUUUCCUGAGUGCCCCCCUCAUAGGUGCUCUGUCUGACGUGUGGGGGAGAAAGCCCUUUCUCAUUGGCACAGUCUUCUUCACCUGUUUCCCAAUCCCACUGAUGAGAAUCAGUCCAUGUUUUCCAGACUAUUUCCAGUUAAAUUCUAAAUUCUUUAAACAAAAUUACUUAAAUUCUUUUUCAUUUAAAAAAGUUGUGUGUUAUAAAUUUCGUUUUGCCUUUUUUAAAGUGUGGGGAGGAAGGCCACAGUUUUGUGCCACUGAGAGCCUGAAUGAGAGUGUGCUUUCCCUGCAGGUCUCUGCCACCUUUGCCGCCAGCCUGGUCAGUAGCCCAGCCAUUGGAGCAUACCUGUCUGCCAGCUAUGGAGACAGUCUUGUCGUGCUGGUGGCCACAGUGGUAGCUCUUUUGGACAUCUGCUUCAUCAUACUGGCUGUUCCAGAGUCUCUGCCAGAGAAAAUGAGACCAGUUUCCUGGGGAAGUCAGAUUUCAUGGAAACAAGCAGACCCUUUUGCGUCAUUGAAGAAAGUUGGAAAAGAUUCUACCGUUUUACUAAUCUGCAUCACCGUGUUUCUUUCAUACCUUCCUGAAGCGGGACAAUAUUCAAGUUUUUUUCUUUAUCUCAGGCAGGUCAUAGGUUUUGGGUCCGUGAAAAUUGCAGCAUUCAUUGCUAUGGUAGGAAUUCUGUCCAUUGUUGCUCAGACAGUCUUUCUUAGCAUCUUGAUGAGAUCAUUAGGAAAUAAGAACACUGUCCUCCUUGGUUUGGGCUUCCAGAUGUUCCAGUUAGCGUGGUAUGGUUUUGGAUCUCAGGCCUGGAUGAUGUGGGCAGCAGGGACCGUGGCUGCCAUGUCCAGCAUCACGUUUCCAGCAAUCAGUGCCCUGGUCUCACGGAAUGCAGAGUCCGAUCAACAAGGAGUUAGCCAGGGGAUAAUAACUGGAAUAAGAGGACUGUGCAAUGGUCUGGGGCCUGCAUUGUAUGGCUUCAUAUUCUACAUGUUCCACGUUGAACUGACUGAAAUGGAGUCAGAAUUGGAUCCUAACAAAGUUGCCAUGCAGGGAGCUGUCAUCCCCGGCCCACCAUUUUUAUUUGGGGCAUGUAUAGUUCUUAUGUCUUUUGUGGUUGCUUUAUUUAUCCCUGAAUACAGUAAAGCCAGUGGAAUUCACAAACAUAGCAGCAGUAGCAGCAGCAACAGCAGCAGCCUGACCAACACCCCAGAACGGGUCAUUGAUGAAGACAUUGAGCCGCUGCUGCAAGACAACAGCAUCUGGGAACUCUCUUCCUUUGAGGAGUCUGGGAAUCAGUGCACUGAACUAUAAACUUUGUAGAAAGGGUGAUUUUUCAAGAGCCAUAGAGGGAGUCACACUACACAGAGACUUCAUGGUGCUGGAGGAGAGAUACCAGCAUUCUUCAGGGCCAAGUUUGAUAA